AUGAUAUUUUAUUAUUUCUUUGCUUUAAUAUCAAUAGCUAUUGCAUGCUCGUGGGAAGAUUCUAACUCCCCCCUUUAAAUUGGAACAAAAACAUUGGUAAAAUUUGCAUUUUUUGGACUUAACAAAAUUUGUUUUUCAAUAGGAAAAUUUUAUCGAUGAAAUUAAUAAUAAUUUUAUAAAAUUAGAUGUACCUAUAUAAAUAGACAAAAUCAAGUAGAAUUUAUUUAAACAGUUCUCACAUUAAAUCGAUUAAUUUUUUUAUUUAAUUAUUAAAAAUAAAUUAAAAUUCAAAAUUGUGCUCAGUUUAAAUUUUGAAGUUGGAAAUGCAAAUUUUUAUUAACCUAAUUUAAUAGACGAAAAGUAAGAAGAAAUUUAUUUAAACAUUUUUCAAACUGAAUCUAUUAAUUUUUUUAUUUAAUUCUUCAUAAAUAAAUUAAAUUCAAAGCAUUGUGCUCAAUUUAUAUUUUUUUUAAAAUUUAAAAAAAAAUUAUAUUUAAUUUUUUCUUUAAAAAAAUAAAUCACCCCCUUUGAAUUGGAACAAAAGAUUCUGUUCCAAUUUAAAGGAGGGAGUAAGUAUGUCAAAGACUUUUUGCAAGACAAGCUGGCACCAUUGAUGAAUCAAUAUAAAGUGAAAAGUUAUGAGCUCCCUGAGGAUUGUCCAUUUAAAAAUGCAGAGCAAAGAGAUUUGUUUAAAACUUAUGAAAAAACAAAGAAAAGGAUCUCCCAAGCAACGUGGGAAUGUGAGAUAUGUCAUAAACAAUUUUCUAAAGAGGAAGGGCUGGAGAAGCAUAUAGAAAGGACACAUGCAGAAGAUAGUAAUAAAUCAGUAUGCUUACCCUCUCUCCGUGAACGACUAAAUUUUUUUUGGUAAUUAUUGUAAUGAAAUCUCUUACCAAUUGUAUUAGAUUUAACCAACUUACAUUCUAAACCAUCUAUUUAUUAAAUAAAAUUAAUUUUUCGUUUGCAAUUUUGUGAAUCGGAACUUUUUUAAAAUUUAACUUUGUGAGUGAGCAAAAAAAUUAUUUUGCUUUCUCAAAGGGGAGUUAGGUGAUUUUUGUUAUUUUUUGCCUUGCAAGGAAGGGUACAGUGGAGUUAUUUCAGAUCGAUGCGAAGCGAUUAUGGAUAAAUGUUUUGAUGAAAGCUUUUUUAUUGUUGCAAGAGAAUUGUGUUAUGUUAAUUAUGAUGAAGAUUGAACUAUAGAGUUUAGUCAGCCAAUUAAUAUUUCACUGAUUGUUCUUACGAGUAUGGGAUGCUUUGUUUAUUACAUUAUUCUGUGGUCGGAGUUUGAAGGGUAUCAAAGAGACAAAAAACGAAAGACAAAGGGACGUAAAAACGAUUAA